UCCUUAUUGUAUGCGUAAAGAAUCCUCAGUACCACUAACUGGAAAUGAUCAAUUUGAGGGAUACGCUGUUGAUCUUAUACAUGAAAUAUCGCUUGCUCUAGGUUUCAACUAUAAAAUUCAGUUGGUACCAGACGGUAGCUAUGGCAGUUUCAACAAACAAACAGGUGAAUGGAACGGUAUGAUACGCGAACUACUGGAACAAAGAGCAGAUCUUGCAAUAGCGGACUUAACCAUUACAUUUGAACGAGAGCAGGCAGUAGACUUCACUAUGCCUUUUAUGAAUUUAGGAGUUUCGAUUUUAUAUAGAAAACCAGUGAAACAACCACCAAAUCUUUUUUCAUUCCUAUCACCAUUAUCUUUAGAUGUUUGGAUUUAUAUGGCUACAGCGUACUUGGGUGUAUCAGUUUUACUUUUUAUUUUGGCAAGAUUUACGCCAUAUGAGUGGCCAGCAUAUGCGGAUGCACAUGGUGAAAAAGUGGAAAGUCAAUUUACUCUACUGAAUUGUAUGUGGUUUGCUAUUGGAUCACUGAUGCAACAAGGUUGCGAUUUCUUACCAAAAGCUUUAUCUACACGUAUGGUAGCUGGCAUGUGGUGGUUUUUCACAUUAAUUAUGAUUUCUUCAUACACUGCUAACUUGGCAGCAUUUCUGACUGUGGAACGUAUGGAUUCUCCAAUCGAAAGUGCUGAAGAUUUAGCGAAGCAGACACGUAUAAAGUACGGAGCACUUAAAGGUGGCAGCACAGCCGCUUUCUUUAGGGAUUCUAAAAUCUCAACAUAUCAACGAAUGUGGUCAUUUAUGGACUCCGCAAGACCUUCCGUAUUUACCUCGAGUAAUGGUGAAGGUGUAGAUCGUGUAGUAAAAGGCAAAGGCACUUACGCUUUCUUAAUGGAGUCAACAUCUAUUGAAUACGUGACAGAACGUAAUUGUGAGCUCACUCAAGUGGGUGGCAUGUUGGACACAAAGAGCUAUGGCAUAGCCACUCCACCAAGUAAUUUGAACUAUUCGCCUUAUCGUACGGCUAUUAACGGUGUUAUUCUAAAAUUGCAAGAAGAAGGUAAACUGCACAUACUGAAAACUAGAUGGUGGAAGGAAAAACGCGGAGGUGGUAAUUGCCGUGUGGAAACUUCUAAAUCAUCAUCAGCGGCAAAUGAAUUGGGUUUAGCGAAUGUGGGUGGAGUAUUCGUAGUACUAAUGGGCGGUAUGGGUGUAGCUUGUGUGAUUGCCGUAUGUGAAUUUGUGUGGAAGUCUAGAAAAGUAGCAGUGGAGGAGCGAUUAAGUGCAAUACUUCAUGAAUGAGAAAAAUCGUAAACCCAAGCGAAAUGGGUUACGAUUAAAACGAAACAAUAAAUUUAAAGAAUUUUA